AAUAUAAGUAAAAGCGAAUUUACUAUAUAUAGUAAUAUAAUUUACUACUUAUUAAUUAAAAAUAAGCGGGUAAUAAGAAGUAUAUUAGUAUUAGAGGUCUAUAAUAUAGUUAAUAGCGUUAACUUUUCUUAUAUAAUUUUAAUAAUACUAAAGAAGAUUACUAAUCGAAUUAGUUUUUUAUUUAUUCUAAUAAUUAUUUAUACUGAUUUUUACUCGCUAUAUAAAUACCUCGUUAAAUUAAGAAUAACGAAAAAAAAGAGGCUUAUAAUUAAUAUUAUAGCCCUUAAAUAA